UUCACUUAUACACAUAUAUAUGAAGUUCUUAUAAACAUUAACCAACCAAACCAACCUUUUUUUCUCUAUAUUUUCUGCAGUUUCUUUAGAUUCUCUGGAAAAUAAAUUUGACCGUAGGGGGAUUUGUAGCAGUUUACUGUCGGAUACUUAGACAAUUAAUUUUCAUCAACUGUUUGGUUUCCGAGAAAAUAGUAUAAAAUUAUGGAAGAAAGGUCGAUUAAUGUGCCUUUGAUUGCUGAUGCAAAGCCACUGAUGAGUUUUAGUGGAGAUGAUCAUGAAGAGACCAACAGUAACACUUCAUAUGUUCUUGUCUUUUCCACUUUUGUUGCUGUCUGUGGAUCUUGCUGUUAUGGAUUUGCUGAGGGUUAUUCUUCUCCGGUUGAAUCUGCAAUCAUCAAAGACUUAGACCUCUCCGUUGCAGCUUACUCAACUUUUGGAUCGAUAAUGACAAUUGGAGGAUUGAUUGGUGCAAUUUUAAGUGGGAAAAUUACUGAUUACAUUGGUCCCAGAAGAACAAUGUGGUUAUCAGAAAUUUUCUGCACUCCAGGGUGGUUUGCAAUAGCUUUUGCUAAAGAUGACUGGUGGCUGGAUAUUGGAAGACUCUCAAUUGGAUUUGGAAUAGGGCUUAUUACUUAUGUGGUACCUGUUUAUGUAGCAGAAAUAACUCCUAAAAAUCUCAGAGGAAGAUUUACAUCAGCUAGUCAGAUGAUGACUGCUGUUGGAUUUGGACUGGUUUAUUUAAUUGGAAAUAUAAUUUCCUGGCGCAUGCUAUCUUUAAUUGGUGCAAUUCCUAGCAUAAUACAAAUUAUAGGUUUAUUUUUCAUUCCAGAGUCUCCUAGAUGGCUGGCGAAACACGGCAAAGACGAAGAAUUUGAGGUUGCUUUGCAGAGAUUAAGGGGAAAAAAUGCAGAUAUCUCUCAAGAAGCAAUUGAAAUUAGAGAAACUAUACAAAAAUUUCAGUUCAAUUCAAAUGGUACAAUUUAUGACUUAUUCCAAAGGAGAUAUGCUUAUCCAAUACUUGUCGGAGUAGGGCUAAUGCUUCUUCAACAACUUGGAGGAAGCAGUGGAAUUGGAUUUUAUGCUAGCACAAUAUUUGCUGAAGCUGACUUUUCUACCAUGAUUGGAACUACUACAUCUGCUGUUCUAAUGUUUCCAGUAGCUUUUGUGGGAAUGUUUUUGAUGGAUACAUUUGGAAGACGGACACUCCUUAUGGUUUCUUCAGCUGGAUCAUUCGUAUUUUUGUUCCUCAUGGGAUUAUCAUUCUACUUGAAGGAGCUAGGCUAUUUGAAGACAUUAACUCCAAUUAUGGCAUUUAUUGGCCUUGAGGGGUAUGGUACAGCUUAUGGAAUAGGAAUGUCAGGAAUACCCUGGGUUAUAAUGUCCGAGAUAUUUCCGGUUAGCGUGAAGGCCUCGGCUGGAAGCAUAGUGACUGCAACCAAUUGGUCCUGCUCUUGGCUCAUCACUUAUACUUUCAAUUUUAUGCUGGUCUGGAGCCCUGCAGGGACGUUUUUCAUAUUUGCUGCUGUUUGGGGUUUAACCAUUGCAUUCAUUUAUAUGUUGGUGCCGGAGACAAAGGGACGAACUUUGGAAGAAAUUCAAUCAGAAAUUGCUUAUUUUCCACAGCAAAAAUUUCAGAUUGCUAAACCAACCAUGGAACACCAGACAGAGCAUCUACUUCCAAGCUCUUCUCUUCUUGAUGAAGUGCCGGAGAAGCCUUCUCCGGUCACUCCUGCUGUCGUUUUCAGUACUGUGGUUGCCAUCUGUGGCUCCUUUGGUAGUGGCUGUGCUACAGGGUUUUCAUCACCAGCUCAAUCUGGAAUAAUGGAAGAUCUGGGCAUGUCUGUAGCAGAUUACUCCGUUUUUGGCUCUAUUAUGACAAUUGGAGGAAUAAUUGGAGCACUAGUAAAUGGAACCAUGGCGGAUCUCAUUGGUCGAAGAUAUACAAUGUGGGUGAUUGAAUUCUUUUUCAUCACUGGGUGGCUUUCAGUAGCAUUUGCUCAGGUUGCUUGGUUGCUGGAUCUAGGAAGACUUCUGAUGGGAAUAGGAAUGGGUAUUACUCUUUAUCUGGUGCCUGUAUACAUAGCAGAAAUAACACCUAAAAGUGUUCGUGGAGCUUUUACGGCUGCUAAUCAGCUCAUGACAUGUCUUGGAUUUUCAUUAAUGUUUUUCAUUGGGACUGUCAUUUCUUGGCGCACCUUAGCUCUAAUUGGGGCUGUUCCAUUUGCAUUGCAAGCUGUAGGCAUUUUCUUCAUUCCAGAGUCCCCGAGAUGGCUGGCCAAGGUCGGUAAAGAAAAGGAGUUUGAAGUAGCUCUGCAGUACCUGAGGGGGGAAAAUGCUGACGUUUCCGAAGAAGCAGCAAACAUCAGAGACUAUACUCAGACCUUCCAAGGGCAUCCACACACCAGAAUUUUAGAUUUAUUCCAGCCAAGAUAUGCUCAUACUCUUACUGUUGGUAUAGGGGUACUGCUUUGCCAACAAUUUGGAGGGGUGAAUGCAAUUGCAUAUUAUGCCAGCUCCAUUUUUGAAAAAGCCGAGUUUUCCGCUAAUGUCGGGCAAAUAUCAAUAGCUAUCAUCCAGAUUCCAGCCACUGUUGUAUCUGUAGUCUUAGUAGACAGAUCUGGAAGACGUCCACUUCUCAUGGUAUCUGCCUUUGGCAUGUGCUUAGGCUGUUUUCUUGUAGGAGCGGCAUUCUGGUUGCAGGAUCUCCACAUGGCGAAGGAGAUCACUCCCAUUCUGGUGUACGUCGGAAUAAUGGGGUACACCAUAGCUAUAUCAGUCGGCAUGACAGGGUUACCAUGGGUUAUUUUUUCCGAGAUAUUUCCUAUAAACAUCAAAGGCACAGCUGGGAGUUUGGCUACAUUAAUAAAGUGGACAGGCUCUUGGAUUGUGACAUUUACUUUCAACUUCAUGAUGGAAUGGAGCUCGGCCGGAACAUUUUUCAUACUCUUUGGUCUUUGCGGAUCUGCUCUUCUGUUCAUCGCGAAGGUGGUUCCAGAGACUAAGGGAAGAAUGUUAGAAGAAUUACAAGCAUCAAUUACUCACUUUCCGCCACGGGAAAAGUCUGAAGUCAUAUAGAGAAACAAAUGAAAAUGAAAAUGAAAACAAGAACAGCUUGAUUUUUUUCCCUCAUUGCUAUUAAAAAUGUUGUAUUUGCAAGAACUAAUAAAAUGAAUGAAAUAUUAUACGCCAAUUGCAAUCAAUAUGAUCGGUGAAGAUUGAGAAAUUCAUCUUUUUUGUAUGACAUAUAUUUUGAAGAUAGAGAAAUGUAUUUGCCUUA